AUGAGUAAAAAACCAGCAAGUGCAGCUGCUGAAUUCUCCCCAGUUGAUACAGCAUCGGGUCAGCAUUCUACUGCAGAAAAGACUUUACACAAGCCACCUCCGCCAUUUCCUCAACGAUUCAAAAAACAACAGCAAGAUGGCCAAUUCAGGAAGUUUCUGGAUCUUUUGAAGGAUCUCCAUAUCAACAUUCCCUUGGUGGAAGCUUUGGAGAAAAUGCCCAAUUAUGUAAAGUUUUUGAAAGACAUUUUGACAAGAAAGAGGAGGCUUGGUGAGUUUGAAACAGUUGCUUUGACGGAGGGUUGUAGUGCAAUGUUAAAAAGCAAGAUGCCUCCUAAAUUGAAAGAUCCGGGCAGCUUUACAAUUCCAUGUUCAAUUGGUGGAAGAGAUGUGGGAAGAGCUCUAUGUGACUUAGGUGCUAGUAUUAAUCUAAUGCCCAUGUCAGUUUUCAAGAAAUUGGGCAUUGGAGAAGCUAGGCCAACCACUGUUACCUUGCAAUUGGCGGACCGUUCUAUGGCUCAUCCGGAAGGAAAAAUUGAAGAUGUUCUAGUGCAAGUUGACAAGUUCAUCUUUCCGACCGACUUCAUUAUUCUUGAUUAUGAAGCGGAUAGAGAUGUACCAAUCAUUUUGGGGAGGCCAUUUCUUGCUACCGGGAGGACUUUAAUUGAUGUGCAAAAUGGAGAACUUACCAUGAGGGUGAAUGAUCAACAAGUGACCUUUAGUGUUUUCAAAGCCAUGAAGUUUUCGGAUGACAUCGAAGAAUGCUCUAGAUUGAGUGUAAUUGAGACACUUGUGGCUGAAACUUUUCAUAAGGAAAUUCGCAAGGCUGAUUUAGGGGUGAAUAUCUUUGAAGAUGAUGAAGAAUUUAGCAAAGAGGAGGAGUCCCAAGUCACAUGGGUAGAGUCCAGCAAACCAGCCAUGAAAUUCAGCAAACCCUAUGAGUCUCUAAACCUAUCGGAAGGGAAUUUCAAACCUCCAAAGCCUUCCAUUCAAGAGCCACCGAAGCUAGAGUUGAAACCCUUGCCAAGUCACUUGAAAUAUGCCUAUUUGGGGGAAAAUGAAACGCUGCCAGUCAUUAUUUCAGCAUUGUUGGGAGCUGAAGCUGAAAGUUUGUUGCUAGAGGUGUUGAAAGAGCAUAAGAAAGCAAUUGGUUGGACUAUGGCUGACAUAAAAGGCAUUAGCCCGACAUUUUGUAUGCACAAAAUACUGAUGGAAGUUGGCUGUAAUAACUCUAUUGAGCAACAGUGA